AGCUUCCUGCACGACUGAAAGUCAGCAUCAUCGCCACUCCUCCCAAUAGGAAGGGCGCAUCCCGGAUAGCUAGCUGGCUAGCUGAACUCAGCAUAACGAUGGCAGUUAACCUCAGCAAAAAUGGCCCUGCAUUAACAGCUGCAUAUAAAGAAGUGGUAGAUGAAAAAUCCAACACCAACUGGGCCUUGUUCACCUAUGAGGGAAACAGUAAUGAUAUCCGCCUGGCAGAAAAAGGAGAUGGAGGACUGGAGGAGUUGGUUGAGGAGCUCAACAGUGGAAAAGUGAUGUACGCUUUCUGCCGGGUUCAGGAUCCAAAUUCUGGCCUGCCUAAAUAUGUCCUCAUCAACUGGACUGGGGAAGGAGUGAAAGAUGCCAGGAAAGGAAUAUGUGCAAAUCAUGUCAGCUCCAUGGCCAAUUUUCUUAAGGGAGCCCAUGUCACAAUAAACGCCAGAGCAGAGGAGGAUGUGGAACCCGAGGCAAUCAUGCAAAAAGUGGCCAAAGCCUCAGGAGCCAACUACAGUUUCCACAAAGAGGGUUCCAGCCGCUUCCAGGACAGCGGUCCUCAGGGCCCUGUGGGCUCAGUCUACCAGAAGACCAACGCUAUGUCGGAAAUCAGGAAGACCAAUAAAGACACCUUCUGGGCACAGGCAGAGAAAGAAGAGGAGAAACGUCGGCAGGAGGAGCGGCGCAAGGCAGAGGAGGAGCGCCAGCAGCUGGAGAGAGAGAGGAAAGACAGAGAGGUCAAGGAGGCAGCACUGAGGGACAAAAGGGACAAGGAGAGGGCCUCUCAAAUCGAGCAACAAAAGAAGUACCAGGAGCAGCAGGAAACUGAGAGUAGAGACCAGGAGAAACAGCGUUGGGAGGAGCAGGAGGAGACCCAGGCAGCCCAGAGGAAAGCAGUCAGGAGAGGUGAAUCUGUGGAGAAGGCCAACGAGGCGGCUUCUCUCAUUUCUCAGCGUGCUGUGAAUCCCAGAGAGAUGUUCAAGCAGAGAGAGAGGGGAAUAACUCCCAGUGACUCAGACGUCCCCUCUGCUGCCCCCGCCAGCCCCCAGCCAGGGCGUCUGCAAAGCCCUUUUCUGUCUAAGCAAGCGUAUGUUUGUGAAGGAGCCAGUUCACCUCAGCGCCAAGCUUCACCUGUGCCAGCAGGCUCCGCCUCUCCUGUCCGCGCCACAGAGCCUGAUGUGGAUGAUGGACAGUCCAGGUGUGAGUAUGAUGAGCAGGAGGCGGCCCCCCAGGAGCAGUGGAAAGAGGAGGCACCGGCUGCCAACUCCUAUGCCCAGGAACCGGCUUAUGAAGAGCCUCCACAGGUGGAGGAGAAUAACUCAUAUGAGGUAACUGCUGAGGAGACCUCAGACAGAGGCAUCUGUGCCAGAGCCUUAUAUGACUACCAGGCUGCUGAUGACACAGAGAUCUCGUUCGAUCCCGAUGAAAUCAUCACCGGGAUCGAGAUGAUAGACGAGGGCUGGUGGCGAGGCUACGGCCCGAACGGCCAUUUCGGAAUGUUCCCUGCCAAUUACGUGGAGCUCAUCUAGCCCAGCGCGUGCCCCCCUCUCUCCCACCCCCGCCCCAACAGAUCAUCACACUGGCAGCCCUGGAGGAGCUCUGCAGUAAAACAACCCACAGCAGAGUCAGUCCUCGCACACAAGUGAUCAGGCUGAAAUGGAGCAAAUAAGCCUCCACGACACGGACCAAUGAACAGACGGUAAUUGUGGGCCAGAAGCUUUUGAAAUAUCUCCACAUUUCGAGAAAGCGAUUCCAUUAAAUUAUUGAUGAUGUUUUAAGCAACGGAUGGCUUAGUUUAGGGAUUUGUGAAGACCCAUAAGCUUACCAAACCCUCCGUGGCCCCCGCCCCCACCCCAAAAA